AUGAGCUCAGCCGAGUGCUACGGAGCACCUCCGAACUACUAUUCCGACUGGUCGACACCGCCGUAUUAUGCAUCCGCCGCACCGUCAUACUCUCCAAUCAACCAUCAUCCAUCUGACAUUUGGGCUGCUCAUCCGUCGAACUACGUCCUCGGUGGAACUGGAACGAUGUCACCUCCGGCGUCGCGGGUCUCACCGAAUCGAUCGUCGAAUUCGUCGGCGGCGUCUGCCGAUCUUCCAGUCGGUGUCACCGCUUCACAACACAACACAUAUAAAUGGAUGCACACAAAGAGGGUUCAGAGACCAGCGGUUCCCAAAAAGAAGGUUGUCGACGAGAACGGCACGAAUCGCACCAACUUCACAACACAUCAACUAACAGAAUUGGAGAAAGAGUUUCACACGGCCAAGUACGUGAAUCGAACCAGAAGAACGGAGAUCGCGUCGAAUCUCAAGUUGCAGGAAGCGCAGGUCAAAAUCUGGUUCCAAAAUCGUCGAAUGAAGGAGAAGAAGCGAGAAAAGGAGAAGGCGUUCCUCGCUCGCAACUCAUGGGAUUCCAACUCUCCAGGAUCGUGCAGUGGAGAAGAUGUCAAGAAUUUCAAGUAA